UUUUCUUUUUUGCAAUUCUAUCGAUUUUGCUUAACUCGUGGCGUAAAAUUUGGUGAUAUUUUUGUGUAAAAUUAAUUAAUAACAAUAAGAUGCCUGCACCUGACAUUAAAUCUUCUUGGGCUGAUGAGGUUGAGCUAGAUUACGGCGGUCUGCCACCAACUACCGAAGUGAUUGAGAAUGGCUUCAAAUACGUCACAGAGUAUAAAUACAACAAAGAUGACAAGAAAACCAAGGUAGUACGCACAUAUAAAAUCACCAAAGAAGUCGUACCCAAGACAGUGGCCAAGCGUCGUACAUGGUCAAAAUUUGGCGAAUCCAAGAACGACAAGCCCGGUCCCAACUCCCAGACCACAAUGGUGGCCGAAGAAAUCUUUAUGCAAUUCCUCAACACCAAGGAAGAAGAAAAGGCCAAUGAUAAUCUAUUGGAUCUGACCAAAAAUAUUGCCAAAUGUCGUAUCUGUAACGGUGAGCAUUGGUCUGUCAAUUGUCCCUACAAGGGUACAUCUAUGGAUACAAAUCUGAUGGAGAAGAAGGCCUCGGCUGCUGCAGCUGCUGCCACGGAAGCACCCAAACCCGGCAAAUAUGUACCUCCCUUCCUUAAGGACAGCCAGAAAGGUGGUAUGGGUGGUAUUCGUGGUCGUGACGAUACAGCUGCCAUUCGCAUUUCCAACUUGUCUGAAUCGAUGACCGAACAAGAUUUGGAAGAACUUAUCAAACGUAUUGGCCAGCACACCAAAAUGUAUUUGGCACGCGAUAAAAAUACCGGCCUCUGCAAAGGUUUCGCCUAUGUUCAUUUCCGCCAACGUAAAGAUGCUGCUGCUGCCAUUGAAAUUCUUAAUGGUCAUGGUUAUGAUCAUUUGAUUCUUAGUGCUGAAUGGUCCAAGCCACAGAAUAACUGAUAUAACAUUAAAGA